AUGAAAGAAAAUAUUCAUGUUAUCUCUUCUACUAUUAGUACAUUUUACAAUACUAUUCAGAAACUAAAUGAAAAUGAGCAAAUACUUAACAGUAACAUAGAAAAAUUAGAUAAAAUCCUAGAUAACGUUUUGCAAACUACAAAUAAAUUAGAAGCGUCAUCACAUCUCACAAUGACCUUUAGUGCUUUAGAAAGCUCAUUAAUGACUUUAAAUUUUAACCUCAAGGAUAUCAUUGACGCAAUCCUAUUCGGUAAACAAAACAUUGUCCAUCCCUCUAUACUAUCUCCUAUGCAACUUUAUAAUGAAUUAAACUCUAAUAAAAAUAAAGUUCCCCAAAAUUUUCCCUUACCCUUGAAUUUAGAAAAUAUGCACAUACUUUUAGAUAUAUCCCAAAUUUCUAGUUUCAUCACUGACUCUAAAAUAGUAUUUGUCGUUAAAAUUCCUCUUGUUCUCUUACAAGAAUAUAAUUUGUACCAUGUCUAUGCCCUUCCUACUGCCCAUGAUAUCAAUAACCCACAUUCCUUUGCUAUGAUCAACCCUACUGCUAAAUUUUUGGCAAUAACAGACGAUAAAUUACUGUAUUCAAUGACAGACUCGAUCAGUGAUUGCAAAACUCUAACAAAUAACUAUCGCCUGUGCAAAUUAGGCAAUGUGCAUUCUAGUGUCGCAAAUCCUACGUGUGAAGUGCAAAUCCUAAGUGCUUACAUAAAUAAAAUACCGGACACAUGUGAUUAUAAAAACGUAGUUAGUGAUAUUGACGUUUGGCAAACGAUUAGUAAUAAUAAAUGGAUAUAUGUUCAAUCCAACAUAGCUAAGCUCUCGGUUAAAUGUAACAAUAGUAUUAACGACUAUGAUAUAAUUGGAACAGGAAUUCUCAAGCUUCCAAAAGGAUGCACAGCUUUUCAUAAACUCUUGCAAUUCUCUCCUUCAGUAGAAUACGAAACUGCAUUGUAUAUGCCUACUCCUAACUUUAACAUUAUAAAUGACGAUUGCUGUUCCAGAAAGAAAAUAAAUUCUACGCUUCCAUAUCUAACACCAAUUAAAUUAUCUCAUAUAAACUUAGAUUCUUUGCAUUACGUUACACAUAGAUUAAAUCAAGUUAACGAUGAAAUUGAAAAGAUUGAAAACCAACCCUACCAUAUUAAAUAUGGAAGUUAUUUCAGUGUUUGUACAACUCUCGUAUCUUUAAUCGUAUUAUGCUAUAUUUCUUUCAAAAUGUAUAAAAAAUGUUGUAAUCGAAGAAAGCGUAAUAAUAGUUUAGAUUCUAGUUCUGGUUGCUGUAUUCAGAUUUUUAAUAGCUGCUAUACUAAACCUAAUCAAAAUAUACAAGCUAUUAAUACUAGCUCCGAUUAUGAAACACAUAAUAGAGCAUUCGAAUCCAAUAGUAGCUCAGAGAACUCUCCUACUUUCCUAAGGAGAAAUUUACAUUGAAAUGUUAUGUUUAGUACUUUUCCAUAAUUACUAUUAUACUAAUACUGUUACUAAAUUAUUAAAUGCCAUUUCAUGUUUGGUUUAUACUAUUACAUAAGUCUACUAUAUACUAUUUGCUAUUUUAAUACACUGGUUCUUUUGUAAUAAUAAGAAAAUGUUAUUUUGUAAGUUUUUUAUUUUCUAUUUCUUUGUGAUUGUAUUAUCUUAAAUAUUAUUACCUAUGUAGGAAAAGAAAAAAUAUGAUUAUGUUAUUCCUAAUUUUCAUUUCUAUUUCUUCUAUUGUAAUACUUGGAUCACUAUUGUAAUAUUCUACUCACAUCUUACUUACUAUGAUGCUUCGUCUUAAAGAGGGGAGGUGUUACAUCCCUAAAUUCUAUAUUCAUAGUGCAGAGCUGUGACACAGAUAUAAAUGUUCUGUCAGCAAUAUAUAUGCUUUAUAAACCGUAGCUCUGCCUCUAAACAUUCAGUCGUUCUGGUGAUUAGCCGAAUUGCUGUCCAGCUACGGACCUGGUUUAUGCCCGCCGGUCUGGACUAAGUAACAAGGCUAAGCCCCUGGUAAUACUAGCCGCCUAUAGACCCUUUGCAGGUCCUCGCGAGUCGCGAAACAUAGUGAUCCGAAGUAAUAGAGCUUGUUGUCGAACUAUAGUUAAAUUAUAAAUAAUAAAGUUC